CCUGCCUCCCUGGCAACCGCCACCUGGUCCCGCCCCCUCCUCAUGCGACCUACGCAGCCACACAGCUGCAGCGGGCCGGCGAACAUUGAGUCUCCUGGGACAGGAGGGCCACCGGGGGGCGCCGAGGCGACUCCUGGCCCUAGUCUUUUAAAUCUGCUUGCCGGCGAGGAGAGAGGUGGACCGCUGGCAUUGUCAACCCCGGAACGCACUGAGUCCUGCUGCGCACGGAUAUCCGCCGAGACCCCGUGCUUAGCACCGUCUAACCGGAACCCAGCCAUGGUGAAUGAGGCCAGAGGGAGUGGCGGCCCCCACCCCCGCUCUGAGGGCAGCAGCAGUGGCAGUGAGAGCUCCAAAGACAGUUCAAGAUGUUCCACCCCUGGCCUGGACCCCGAGCGGCACGAGAAACUCCGAGACAAGAUGAAGCGGAGGAUGGAGUCUGGUGACAAGUGGUUCUCCCUGGAAUUCUUCCCUCCUCGAACUGCUCAUGGAGCUGUUAACCUUAUCUCAAGGUUUGACCGGAUGGCAGCAGGUGGCCCCCUCUUCAUUGAUGUGACCUGGCAUCCAGCAGGGGACCCUGGCUCAGACAAAGAGACCUCCUCCAUGAUGAUCGCCAGCACUGCUGUGAACUACUGUGGCCUGGAAACCAUCCUGCACAUGACCUGCUGUCGGCAGCGCCGGGAAGAGAUUACCAGCCAUCUUCAGAAAGCCAAGCAGCUGGGUCUGAAGAACAUCUUGGCUCUGAGGGGAGACCCCACAGGUGACGAGUGGGAGGCAGAGGAAGGAGGCUUCAACUAUGCUGCAGACUUGGUGAAGCACAUUCGGAGUGAGUUUGGAGACUACUUUGACAUCUGUGUGGCAGGUUACCCCAAAGGCCACCCCGAGGCAGGGAGCUUUGAGGAUGACCUGAAGUACCUGAAGGAGAAGGUGUCUGCAGGCGCUGAUUUCAUCAUCACCCAGCUCUUCUUUGAGGCCGACACCUUUUUCCAUUUUGUUAAGUCCUGCACGGAGAUGGGCAUCACCUGCCCCAUACUUCCUGGGAUCUUUCCUAUUCAGGGCUACUCCUCCCUUCGGCAGCUUGUGAAGCUGUCCAAGCUGGAAGUGCCACAGCAGAUCAAGGAUGUGAUUGAGCCAAUCAAAGACAACGAUGCUGCCAUCCGAAACUAUGGCAUUGAGCUGGCUGUGAGCCUGUGCCAGGAGCUCCUGGCCAGUGGCCAAGUGCCAGGCCUUCACUUCUACACCCUCAACCGCGAAAUGGCCACCACAGAGGUGCUGAAGCGCCUGGGCAUGUGGACUGAGGACCCCAGGCGUCCCCUGCCCUGGGCCGUCAGUGCACACCCUAAGCGCCGAGAGGAAGAUGUGCGUCCCAUCUUCUGGGCCUCCAGACCAAAGAGCUACAUCUACCGCACCCAGGAUUGGGACGAGUUUCCCAAUGGCCGCUGGGGCAACUCAUCCUCGCCAGCCUUCGGGGAGCUGAAGGACUACUACCUCUUUUACCUGAAAAGCAAAUCCCCCACGGAAGAGCUGCUGAAGAUGUGGGGUGAGGAGCUCACCAGCGAAGAGAGUGUCUUUGAAGUCUUUGCGAGCUAUCUCUCUGGAGAGCCCAACCGGCAGGGCUACAAGGUGACUUGCCUGCCCUGGAAUGAUGAUCCCCUGGCGCCCGAGACCAACCUGAUGAAGGAGGAGCUGCUUCGUGUGAACCGGCAGGGCAUCCUUACCAUCAAUUCCCAGCCCAACAUCAACGGAAAGCCGUCCUCUGACCCCAUUGUGGGCUGGGGCCCCAGUGGGGGCUAUGUCUUCCAGAAGGCCUACCUAGAGUUCUUCACUUCCCGAGAGACAGUGGAGGCACUCCUGCAGGUGCUGAGAAAGUACGAGCUCCGGGUCAAUUACCACAUUGUGGAUGUGAAGGGUGAGAACAUCACCAAUGCUCCUGAACUGCAGCCCAACGCCGUCACAUGGGGCAUCUUCCCUGGGCGGGAGAUCAUCCAGCCCACGGUAGUGGAUCCUGUCAGCUUCAUGUUCUGGAAGGAUGAAGCCUUCGCCCUGUGGACUGAGCAGUGGGGCAAGCUGUAUGAGGAGGAGUCUCCGUCCCGCAUGAUCAUCCAGUAUAUCCACGACAACUACUUCCUGGUCAACCUGGUGGACAAUGAGUUCCCGCUGGACAACUGCCUGUGGCAGAUAGUAGAAGACACAUUUGAGCUGCUCAACAGGCCUGCCCGGAAUGAGCAGGAGACAGCCACUCCGUGACCCUGUGGCCUGACAUCGUUAGCUGGGCCACUUGGUCUCUCCUGCCUUCCUCUCCGUCCUGAUUCUCCUGGAACCCUUGUCUCUCCCCAACCCCUGGCCUCCACUCCCCACAUGAUAAUGGCAGCUAGACUGUGGGAGGUGUUCCAGGCUCUGGCUGGACCUGAGACACCACAUGGGAGCCUGUUGGUGCUCUCUGGUGGUAAGCACCACCCUCCAGGAAGACUGGCUGUUGCAAGCGAGCCCUUGCACCACGGCAGCCUCUGGGAGUUAUCCUGGGACCCAGUGUGAACUUGGGGUGCUUGGGGCCUGUGGGCAGAGUGAAAACAGGCAGCGCUCACGCAUGGUGUUGAGGACAGUAUAGCAGAGCAAAGGUGCCACACACUUCCACCUCCUAGACACUGGCAUCCGGGCCCAAUCACAAGUUCUAUUUGUGAUCGAGCAGAGAGACACUCUGCUAGCCACACACCACGCCUCGGGAUGGGCCUGGGCUGACACCUAACAAUGCAAGUAUUUCUUGCCACCUUCGGCCUGAGAGGCUGGGUUUUUCUCCCCUCCCCAGGGCUGUGCUUUGAAAUGGUCAUCUGUUCUGGUGACUGGAGGUAGAAGUGCCCUGUAUGGUAAAGGCAGUCCUGACCCCAGUGGUUGGUGGGCCCUUGACCUCCCUUCUGCCUGUUAACUGUCAGAGGCAGAGAUGAGGUCCACUGGAUCGGGGCCCAGCUCUCCUGGAUUGAAUGCAGUCCAGCCCUCGCUCAUUUCUAGGUAGGUGCUCCUGCCAGCUGGUGGCCCCUCUGUUCAGCCUGGCCUGAAAUUGUCUCCUGGCACUCAUCCCGGGAGUCAGCCUGCAGACUCUGCUGCCUGGAGCAGUGACCAGCAGGUACAGACCACUGCCGGGUCCUGGCCCCAAGCCUACUGGGUGUGGCUUGGCUUGAUGGAAGGAGGCCUGAACCAGGUGGGGGGUGUCGGCAGAGUAGAUGAGGACAGACAGAAGAGAGGGUUUCUUCCCUCCCCUCCUAGGUCCAGCUGCCUACAGCAGCCUUUAGGAGAGAUGGAAAAGAAGCAGCUGGGAUGAGGAGGGCCUUUUAUUUCUUCUAGAACACAAUUCAGCAGCAGUAAUGGGAUGUCACUUCCAGGGUCAGGUGAUAAAAGGUCUAGCUUCUAGCUGAGGCUAGUUCCCUCACCUCCUUUAGGUAAGCAGAUCAGGUGUUACCGUGCUCCCAGGUCUGUGGGGCCCAUUUGUUGUGAAGGCUGGGCUCAAUUCUGGUUUUUUAUAACAUGGGAACAAGUUGCAGCUGCAACUGGGCCCCUUGCUCUGCCCCAAGCCCACCACACCUGGGGCUUGGGCAGUUGCUGGCCUGCUUCCAGGGAUCCUGGGGUCUGGCCUGCUCAGGGGACUCAUAUUGUUGCUGGCUUCUCUCCUGGGGUUCCUGGCUGCUAGGUGCUGGUGCCACUUCUCAAAGGCCUGGAAUCAGGGAGGGGCAGGAAAGGCUGUUUGUCUCAGGCUCCUUCCAGAGUCUGCUCUGCCUGCUAGAGUGACACCUGUGCCCAACUGGGGUCCCCACUAAAAGGCCCCUCCCUCUGCCUCAGGCAGUCAGCCCAUCCUCCCCCAGGACAAAUGACAGGCUCAAAUGAAAGCACAGGUACUUAAGCACUCAGACCCUACAGGGGCUGGCUUGAACGGCCAUUGCCACAGGCUCAGCCUUAUUGUUCCAAGAUUGAGGGACAGUUACACUAGGCUGAGUUCAUGGCCACCAGUCAAAUCAAGGGCUCCAGCAUCCAGGCUGUGUAUGUAGAAGGAAACUGACCCUUGCACUGAAACAAAGGGACCCUGAGGUGGCCAGCAGGGAAGACCCCAGCUCAGCACAGGACAGAGAUGGCACUGGUUUUGGAAGGCUGCCUGGCUGAUACCUGGGAAAGGACCCAGCUGUCCUCUUCCUGCUGUAGCCGCCUGGUCACCUGCAGCUGCAGGACCUGCCUCUGCCACACGCUCCAGGCCUGCCUCAGCUGCCACUGUCUGAGCUAUGGGGAGAAUUGACAAAGAAGGCCUCAUGCUUUCAGCAGCCCCAGCCCUUCUGCACUCUGCCACACCAGGACAAAAGGGUGUGAGACAAGGGGUGUCAUCGGGGGUGCAAGCAGAUGUUUCACCCCCAGUGUUUCAGACAGCUUGAGAGACUGUUUCUAGGGUUAGGCUGAGGAUAGGAUCAAGAGGGUAAUGCACCCUGGGGCAUCUGCAGGGUGGAGUGGAGAGGGGCCAAGCCCACGCACCAGGGCCCAGGACAGCCGCUCCACCCCUUGAGUGUGUACCCAGCUCUACCACGUCACUGCCAGGACCCUGGCCUGCUGGGAAGUCUGGAACCUGUGAAGCAGAGCCUCAAGACGCCAGUGCUGUAGGUACUUCCUCCUUGUGACCCAAAGCAUUAGAGGGAUUAGGACAUCUUCAAGGCCAGGCCUGGGCUUUCUCCUCCCCCACAUGCACAGCUGCUCCUACCCCAGCUUCCUUGGAGGGGUCUCCCUUUGGCAUUGGAGGGCCCUGGCCUCAGAACUGCAGAGCCCUCUUGGUCCUAUAGGAAGCUGGCUGGGAGCCCAGCUAUGGCAUCCGGGCCACUGCAGCCAGAGCUGGAAGGCAGGGUGGAGGGGUGGCUGUUUGUCCCCUGGAAAUGGGAGUUGGGUCAGAAGAGGUUAAUACCUUAGUUAAGAGGGCAGCUGUCCCCUCAGCCACCCAGAGGCUGAUAAUACUGAAGAGGAGCAAAGGUUCAGCCUCAGCCCUUCCCCCUCCUCCUCAUCACCCGGGCCUCCAGGCUCCAGGCUGCAGGCUGCUACCCAGAGAAAUAACAGACAGGAAGGAGAAACAAGAUUAAGACGAGGAAGUGGGGUGGGGAAUGCAGUGAACACACUGGAAGGAUUGGCCUGAGGGCUGGUAGCCACCGGGGGCUGCUCUCAUACACUGAGCCCGGGAUGUGGGUGUGUCCCUCUGUGUCUUCUGUCCACUGCAGCUGUGUUGCCCUGUUGGCACAGGCCCUGCACCCUGUGUCCAGCAGCUGUGGGUCUGUGGGAACAGCCAGAGAUGGCAAAACGGAACCCAGUGAGCUUGGAUCUCCUGGGGCCUGUCCCUGUCCUUGGUGAGGCUCACCUUGUGUGUGGCCUCCUCAGCUCAUCCUCCCACCUGGCUGGAGACAUCCAAGUAGAGGGGUGGACUAGUAAUAGCUGCAGGGGCCAGGUCCAGCCCUACCCAGGCCUCACUUCACAGAAGCAACCCGACCGAGUCCAUAGACUAGGAACUGAGAGGAAUCCGUGCCACCACGAGAUGGCUUACUACCUGCGUGUGCCAUCAGGUGAGGGCUACGUGGGUGUGUGUGACUGAGUAGGGAGCAGGGUUUGGAAUUAGCUCCAGUUUCUUCAUCAGUGUACAGAAGCCUUGCCUUUUGCUGACAGCAGGGGAAUGAAAGUAUAAAAGUACUACCAAAAAAGAUCACAGCUGGAGGUGGUAAUCCUAGCAUUGGGGGAGGAUGGGGACAGAGGCAAGACGACUGUGAGUUCUAAGCCAGCCUGGGCUCAUAGAGACUGUCUCAAAAAAAAAAAGCCGUCCCAUAA